AUGGAGGCCGAGAAGGAGCUGAAAGACGAGGGAGAGCUUGCCGAGAGUGGACACGGCAGUGUGAGUCCACCAAAGUGUCUUAGUGCAGCAGAAAUCAAAGCACCCUGCAGCCCACACAGCACCAAGGAGAUGAAAGGUUCCAGAACAGCUUCUUCUUCUGCGGCCAUGACGCCCCCGACGACUGCGAAGGCCCCGCGUAACGGCCCUGCGGGCGGUCCACAGGAACACCAGCAAUCAAAUAGAAGUGACAGCAAAGAACCUUCUCCUGUGGCUUCGCCAUCAUCCAUUUCCAUAUCCUCCAAGACUACCAUACGAACAGGCCCUGCUGCAGCACAAUCUGUCUCCUCGGUUACGGCUGCUCUGGGUACUAGUAGUAUACAUAGUAUUGGGCCAGAUCCUUUCUUGCCACCAGUUUCAUCCUUGGAUAGUGUCAAUACCAUGGAUGCUUCGGGUGGAGUGAACAUCAGCAGCCCCUCCUUGAGUGGGACCUUCCGAACUGCUGGAUCGAGCAGAGCUGGCAGCAUGGCAUCUCCGAAAUUGUCGCCAACAGUGGGAGCCCCUUCUCGAAAGAACCUGGAAUAUUCUCAGAAUCUUCCACCACCACCACCACAACAACAAUCCACGACGCAACAGUUCUCUUGCAAGCUAGAGCAUCCGCCCCUACCACUACCCCGAAAGGCACGCAGGUGUCCCCUAUUCUGCUGCUUUUACGCAGAGUUCGACAAUGUGGUGGGACCCAAGGUUUGUUAUGAGAGUCCACUGGGUUUCAUGGAACAAAACAGUGAUGUGUCACUCAAGGACAUUCACAAACUAUUGGCAUCGAACUUUGACCGGAUUCUUUCCGAGCAAAAUGGACCCAUUGUCAGGGGCAAGAAAGAAAAGGAAACAAAACCGACCCAAAAAGCAGGAGAGGCUGUGUCUGGUACACCUGAACCUGCUUCUUGGUCGUCUUCCUCCAAGGGCGCGUCGGAUAGCACCGCGACUCCCGCGCAGUCUCCCUCCAAUUCCUAUUCUCAGCUUACAAUCAAAGGCGCCAAGUCGGUCGAUAGUACAGUUACAAUGGCAGUCGCAAACACUACUGCUGCAGCAGCGACCCCUGGUAUACACCGCAGGCAGCAGUCGGCCACAGCUUCGGCUGACGCUGCAACACUACAUGCAAGCAAUGCAAAUAUUGCGAAGGAUUCUUCGGCGGGUCCCAACAAACAAGAGGGAGGGUCGACCAGUAUCUUUGAAUCCACCUGUGAUUUCAUCAUUACAGGAAACGAGCUGACGGGCAACAUUGUCAACUUGUCUGCCUUCAACAUGCAUCUCCUCACCCGACCCUCCAUUAUACACAACAAACGCUACGAACGGAACUCUCUCUUGUUCUGUGUUGGAUUCAUUCUAAGGCGGACCGAAGAUCCUCGACCCUUUCGGCCCUUGUUGUCCAAAUUAGCUUUGACACUGAAGCGAAUGGAAAUGGAAUCGAGCUUUCUCUCCAAACAGAGUACCAGAAAAGAAAUUCAACCGCUGCUGGACAGAAUCCUAGUCUCUCUGAAUUGCACAAAAAUUGAAACCAAUCUGGUGGUCAACAACACCGUGUUGAACCUCAAACUCUUCCACCCUCCCAAGUACCCAGCAUCACCAGUCAAAGAUCAUUCGGUACCCAUUUUGUUGAGGAGAGACUGGCAAGUGCAAAUGUACGACUGGGAUCUUGCCAUCAACUGGGUCGUUCUACACAUUGAUGGCGUCGCCAAUGCUCGUCAAAUUUCCAAAAAGGCCGAAGUUGACAUGAGCAUGGUGAGAAACUGUCUGAGGGUGCUCAAACAUCACGGUGUGAUUUCCGUCGUGGACAUGUUCUUCUAUUCCAAUCGGUAUGAGUCUACAAAGCGAGCGGCGUCAAUGCUGGCUGGCCACGAACCGUCACUGUUGCAAGAUGCUGCAGAGUACGUCCUCAAGCGACCAGCCCAGGCCACUACUCCACUGAAUGCCAUGACUCCCUACAACAGUUUGGUGGCUCCAAUGUCCCCGCCACCAAGCGCAUCUCCUACAUUGCAAGAAAGAUUCGUCCACCCACAUGUCAGCAGCCCAGGAAGCCCAAUCCUGCCAUCGUCGUUCCCACACGAACAUGGCGACAGUGCUGCGGCUGUGUCAUCCAGCCUACUCGGAUCCAGUCUCAAAUAUGCAACGUUUGCAGCAUCCUACCAGUCCCAUGACCCACAGGUUUUUGGAACCCUUCGAAAAGAGGAGCAACGGGAGCUCAAGACAGCUCUGGCGGAGUUGUACUGUGCGUGCAACCGCGAUAUGAGCUUUGGAGAUUUGUGGGUGGCGUUUGCAGCCGGAAGGGCUCGUUCGCACAGCUUUGAUCGCUCGGUGGAGCGAAACAGAUCCAAUAGUGACAGUCGUGAUGCAUCGAGGCAUUCUUAUCAGCAACAGAGCAAUCACAACACGAACAGCACAUAUCAAGGCCACUCCUUGACGAGAGGUGAUAGCAUUGAGAUAUCCGGCUCGGAAGGGACAGGAGAGCAUCAUGGGGAGGCAACGGAUUUGCCGUUCAGAGAUUAUUAUUUCGAUCGGCUGAGGAAGAAAACUGCUUGUGCCGCCGUUGAUUGGCGAGCAGUCUUCGACAUGAUUGACCACAGACGAUUCAUUUCGUUUGGUUUGGUCAAUGGACUGUUGAAUCGUGUUCACAAUUACCCGUUUGUCCUCGACACCAACACAAGUCAUAGCAAGAAAGACUUUGCUUUUGACAGCCGUCAUUCUUCCAUGGAUGAAAGCAGCUUUUUGGCUCGCAACGUUGCCAAGAUGAUGGAUGGAUUGCACUGCGACGAUGGCAUUGCUUCAAUGUUCCAAAAGCCCAUCAACGUGCUGAUCGAAAUGGUUGAGAAGCUGGAAGGGAGGAAGGUGCUGUCGACGUACUCGGUAGAUGAGUAG